GAUUAAAGUUACAGCAGCAGAUGAGUAUGUAACUUUCAAUUUAUUCAUAAAUGAUUCAUUCCGAGUAUGUAUUUGAACUUAGAACUUUUGAAUUCUUUAACUUAAAACUUGGCCUGAAGUAUUACAUAGAUGCAUAGUCAUCAUACAAAAAUUAACACAGUCCUUGGAUGGCAAUGACAGAAAUGACCAGAAACUUAGUCAAAAAUGUGGCUGAAGAAGGUGGUGGGUGAAUGGGUUUCGGAACACAGAGAUGUGACUGCGAGGAUAUUUUCCAGUGGUGUGCUUCAAGGAUGGGUGGUGCAUAUGUUAAGAGCAUUUGUGAGUGUGGCCAGACCUUGGCUUGACGAUCACGGCGGGACAGUUUAAGCCAACUGUGUGCAGAGUUACUAUUUAUCUACAGAGAGAAAUGUCUGGAGAUACCUGCUUAACAUCACUAUACCCAUCUUCUGGAGCCAAACCCAAAGCCCUCAGCUUUAAAGGAGGAAGCAUGGGGAACAAAUAUGUCCGAUUAAAUGUUGGAGGCUCCUUGUACUAUACCACUGUUCAGAUUUUAACCAGACAUGAUACUAUGCUAAAGGCAAUGUUUAGUGGAAGAAUGGAAGUGCUUACUGACAAAGAAGGUUGGAUUCUUAUUGACCGUUGUGGCAAACAUUUUGGCACAGUUUUGAAUUAUCUGAGGGAUGACUCGAUUAUUCUUCCAAAGAGUAGACGGGAAAUUAAAGAACUGUUGGCAGAGGCUAAAUAUUAUCUCAUUCAGGGCCUGGUGGAUAUGUGUCAGACUGCAUUGCAGGAAAAGAAUGAAUGCUGUGAAGUUGCAUGCACAAUUCCCAUGAUCACCUCUCCUAAAGAGGAAGAACGACUAAUUGAAACGUGUGCAAAGCCUGUUGUGAAGCUGCUACAUAACAGAAGCAACAACAAAUAUUCCUAUACUAGCAAUUCUGAUGACAAUUUGUUGAAGAACAUUGAGCUGUUUGACAAGUUAUCCCUGCGAUUUAAUGGAAGAGUGCUUUUUAUGAAGGAUGUCUUGGGAGAUGAGAUUUGCUGCUGGUCAUUUUAUGGGCAGGGACGCAAACUUGCAGAGGUUUGCUGUACUUCCAUCGUGUAUGCAACAGAAAAGAAGCAAACCAAGGUUGAAUUUCCAGAAGCGCGAAUUUAUGAAGAGACAUUAAAUGUCUUGCUUUAUGAAACUCCACGUGUACCUGAUAACUUGUUGUUGGAAGCCACUAGUCGAACCUCUGGUCAGGGAUCACACAGUGAAGAUGAAGAGGCAUUGGAAGUUAGAGAUCGUGUGCGUCGAAUACAUGUGAAAAGAUACAGCUCCUAUGAUGACAGACCUCUUGGACACCAGGCUACCUAUAGAGAUUAACAUUGUAAUCAGAUGGAUAGGUGUGAACAGUAUUUACAUUUUAAAACACUUUUUAUCUACUAAUGAUCAUCAGAUGGGUUAUCAUGGAACAUGAAGGCAACUGACUGAAGAGAGAAAAAAACCUGCGCUUUCAAGGUUAAUUUUCUUUCAUUUGUUAUAAUGUUGAUUUUUGUUUGUUUAAAAAAAAAAGCCUUUGAGCUGAAAUGCUUGUCAAAAGUUGUGAAUUAAUUGGCCUUAACUCCAUUAUAGGUUGUCUUUCUGUUGAUCUUAAAGUAGUUUCAAAAAUCUGAAACCUCAAUUUGAUGGAAUUCUGGCUUACCUCUAGCAAUGGAGGUGAAGUUUGAUGCCAGUGCCAUUGCAUACUCCAUAGAGGGAGGAAACAAUAACAAUGAGAAUUUUCCUCUCAUGAUUGCUACAUGCCUUUUGCUUCAGACCAUGAAGGCCUGGGAUUGAGUGCACCUCUCCCCUUUUUUGUCACUGUUUUUGGCUUUGGACAUUAAGAGGAUUCAUCCUCAAAUAUCAGAAGAGUACAUUUGAGUCGAAACCUGUCUGCUAAUUUCAUACUCGUUUUGCUCCUAUUUCUGUUCAAUAUGGAUCAAGAUACUACAGUGCAAUUACUUUCUGAACCAUUGAGUGUGCCUUAGUUUACAACUCUUAAGUUCAUCAUUCAUUCGUUUUUUUUCAUUCAUUCAUUUUUACAUUCAAUGUUUUAGGAGUGCAGGAGGAGAAAACCGUUUUAGUUACCAUUCUUCUCCAAGAAUAAUUCUUCCACACCAACUAUGUCAGCACCUUUAUCAUUUCAGACACCUAACAUAGCAUUUAUAAAAUGGUGCAUUGCAUAGUGUUUGGAGGUGAGGUCUAGUCAAAAUCUAUCUGAAAUCCUAGUGUUUAAUACCUUUAUUUCCAAGUCUUAAUGAACUAUGAUUCUCAACUCUUUAAUAUGUGAUGUUUGUUUUUUAUUUGUGUUAUGGUGAAAUAUAUUUUACAUGGUGUGUUUUUAAUGGAACCUCCAAGGAAAAUCUUUUAAUAAGUAGCAUUGGCAGUCUGGGAAGAUAAUGUGUUUACUUAUCAUUUUAAAAUAAUGGAAUUGGAUUUGCAUCUGAAAAUUAUGUUAACUGGACCAAAAUGUUAAGUUUCUAUUUUUGUAUGUGUACACUGCCCAUUGCUUAUCUUUGUGUGAACUUGAGAUGGUAUAUUUGACACUACAGUGCACUGUUUGCAUCAGAUAAUGGUAUGUUGGCUGAAACUGACUUUAUGUAAUGUUUGUGAAACUAACUGAACAUUAGUCAUAUAUGAAUUGAUGAAUUAUGUGAGUAAUUCAAGUUAGACUUUCAAUCGGAGAAAUUUUAUGGGCUUGUGACUUAGCCAAGAUGCAAGUCAGGAUUAGACUGUUUUCAGAUUGUGGUGAGAUUCUUCCUUUUUCACUUGCCCCUGCCCUGAAUCAUACCAGUUGCUGGCUGACUAUAGAGUGGAUUUGACAACAACUGAAGCUGUGAUUAAGAAUCAAGUCUGCACUCUUAAGUCUGGAAUUGAGCUCCUUUUACCUUCAUCUAAACAAAAUAACUUCCUUUCAGUGUGGCUUUCUGCUUCACUAGGAACUGUUUCUAGGAUGCACUUUCUUUCAUUAUAAUACUUUAUCAUGUUAUGCAAUUUAUAUCAGAAGAAAACAUGCCCUCAAGGGAAAUCCUCUUCAUGGCUCAGACAAAACAGCCUAGAACUUUAAUCCCAACUAUCUUGAGGAUGACCAUACACAGUGAGGGCCAUUGGCAGGCCUACAGUAAACUAAUUCACUGCCCUCAUUAGGAUGGUACUGCUGCAUGUGAGUGCUAGUAAUGGCCCCAGAGGUUCUCUGAGAGAGCAAGAAAACAUAGGAGUUGAACAUGAGCAAUAGUCAACAACAGCCUGUAAAAGGGUGAUUGGAACAUUCUUGCUCCAGAAGGCAGGUUUUGCUUUAAAGUUGACAUGCUGCAGGGUCACAACCUCCAGUCACACUUUUUAAGGGUUGAUGGUAUACGUGUUGAGGCCCUGAAAUACUUUUAGCCAUGAGCCUGUGGGUUUAACAUCAGAGAAUAUAUACAAACCCUAAACAUAUAUUGACCAGUCCUAACUAGAGUGCGUGAUGCAAUUUUAGCAGAGGAAGAGCAUAUGCUUAUCACCUGCAAUUUUCAAACAUUAGGUACACAUUUUAACCUACUGAAUUUCUAGGCUAGUGCCAAAUACUAUGUCAUCUCAGUACUGUUUAAAUGGCUGUACGGGUUUUACUGCCAGCCAUCAUAUCUGACCGAUAGUGUUGACUAAACUCAGUCACUCAUCAACAGCGGUGCAAAAUCUCCAAAGUUGUUUGUAUUUCACUUCUUCAGUCAAAAUUGUGUGAGAAGGGAUAAACAAAUCAUCUCAAAGAUGUAAAAAUUGAUGCCAAAGUAUCUGCUAAAUUGCUUGACCACCAAUCUUUGAUCCCCCCCCUCAAAUGUAAAUAAAUUUGAAUGCAUAUCCAAGAUGAGUUUCGAUUGUGUACAAUCACAGGAUAUAAGUAAUUUCUUUAGAAAGGAUAGUUUUUGUUUGCUUCAAUGAUAAAUGGUCUGGCAUUAUCACUUUUAUUAUAAAUUGGUUUCAAAGUUUACAUUUUGGUUUCCUAAGCAACAUGUAGAUAGCUGUCACAAUCCAAUAAACAAAUCUGGAUUAUCACUACAUGUAACUGAUCUCUAACUUCUGCAGUUCAUUGGUCCUGUAGAUGAAAUAUCCCAGUAUUUCAUAGUUGCAACUCAAGAAGGUUUACAUGCUAACCUAAACACCAGUUUUGCAGUAUUUUAAUCAAUGAAUUAUAUCAAUGAUUGACACGCAGGAUAAGAGAAGCAGUUGAGGAAAAGGGAACUUUUUAGAGUCAAUAUUGAUUUUUGUCUUAUAAUUUGAAUGCAAAUAUAUUGAUGUCUACUUACAUUUCAGUCCUGUGUGAAUUUCCAAGUCUUUUUUUUUAAUGAGCUAAUUUGCAAAAUCUUCGAAGGCACAAAUAUUGCAGUGAUUGAGGUGCUGCUUGCGUCUGUGAAUAUUGUAACAUCAAAUAUUGCAAUUAAGCUGUGAAAUGGUUGUUUAAAUUGUGGUUGCUGAAAGGCUUACAGUGAGCCCAGUUGAUUAACUAACACUGGAAUACUCACCCACGAAACCACUGUGUAAAUAAAACUGCUCAGAAUUUUUGACACUGUGAUGGAUUUUUUUUCCCCACAAAGUUGCUGUAUCGCACAUAUUUAAAACAACCUGUAGCAACACUAUUUGUAAGGAAUAACUUUCUGGAAGGGUACUUCUACUUCUAGACCAGAGUGUUGCUCCUUUUUAAAUAUUGUACUAAAAAAUUAAAUAUUUACUAACAUUAAUAAAAUGUGGUGUUGCUUGA